GCCGUCUCCUGCUUCCUGGGAGCUGCUGAUGAGGAGGAGUCGACUCCAAAGCGAGAGCCGGCCCCAAAGGGUGCGGUCGGUGCCGCCGCCAAAGGUUGCUGCCAAAGCUGGACCGCGGAACCAGCCACCGGCUCAGGUGCGGUCGGUGCCGCCGCCAGCGCCUCCCGCGCCUCCCCAGGUGGAUCCCGCCACGGUUUUUCUCCUCCGCAUCGGAGCCACCCAAAGUCCAAGAGGAACAUGGCGAACCGCAGAUGGACAGGUGUUGGCGCCACCUCCGGUGUUCAGGCCUCGGCCACCAAACACCACAUCCAAUGUUCCUCCUGGCCUGACGUGGAAGCCAUUCUUCCCAAAGCCUGUCUUCCCGAAGCCCGCAUUCUGCCGGGCCAAGCCAUUCAGUGCGUGCCCCAAAAUGUGGCAUUGUGGCUGGCGCUGGCAAAGCUUUCGUCCUACAAGGUGAUCGAGCUUUGUGGAGCAGAAGGCACGUUACAGGAACCAAGUGGAGACUGCAGCAAAACAGAGAUUUUGAAUGCAAUGCUCUGGAUUGGAU